AUGUAUCUCAAUUCGCUUCUGCUGGAUGAACACUUCCAAGGAGAGAUCGCUUAUGAGCAGCUGACCAUCGGACGCAAACUGGGUUCGGGUGGAUUCAAGGAUUGUUACGCUGGAACAUACUUGGGAGUAACGGUGGCUAUUGGAGAGCUCCGUGUUCAGAACUUCACAGAAAUGGAUAUCACCGAGAUGAAGCAUGAGAUCAAUGUUCUUAAGCAAUUGCGCCACGAAAACAUUAUCCGGUUCAUUGGAGGGAAGGACCAGGAUCACUCACCACAAAACGCUGAUUAUUCAAUCUGUAUAGAACUCUGCGAAAACGGUGACUUGUAUGAUUUCAUGCGUAAGACCAAGAAGCCGACUUUUGGACGUCUCAUCAUGUACAUGCACGACAUUGCUCUCGCCUGCUCCUAUCUCCAUUCCCGAAGGCCCAGCAUUAUUCACAGGGACAUGAAAUCCAUGAACGUUUUGAUCUCAUCGGACGAUCGGGCAAAGAUUAACGACUUUGGAUUGGCACGUAUCCGACCAAAGGCCAACGCAUCUUUGCAUACUCAAUGUGGUACACCCAACUGGCAAGCUCCGGAAUUCUGGACACCAAACCCUAGUUACACCGAGAAGGUGGACGUGUAUGCGUGCGGGCUGAUCUACUGGGAAAUUCUUUCGUGGGCUGAGCUCGGAUACCCCUACCACAACCUGACGGAGCACCAGCUUUACGAGGCAGUACGCGACCGGGAAGAGCGACCUCCACUUGAGAAGCUGAGGAAGUAUCCUCAGUCGCUGAUUGCCCUAAUCCAGGAUAUGUGGCGCAAGGAACCCAAGAAGCGCCCCUCCAUGUCGCAUGUUGUCGAUCGAUUGGCAGAGUACCUGGAGUAG